GCUUCAGUGAGGGGAGCAACAGGCUGGCUGGUGACAAGGGGCAAAGACCUUAGACAAAGAGAGGGGGAAAAGAUUCAAAAUACCAACAACAACAACGUGGACCAGUGAAGGAGAGCAGCUGAGGACAGACAGGAAGUGAACGUGAGAUAAAGGGAGUCGUAGGAAGAUUAAGAAAAGAGAGAGAGGCUGAGAUUUAAGCUGUGCUGCUGCAGGUGGAGGUCUGUCACCUUUCAACCGCUGGAAGAGGCACGCUGAGGCUGAGAAUUAAGACUCUGACAGAGACCAAGAGGACAGUCAUGUUUUCAGCCAGACCAGAGACCCAGCCGUAAAAGACAAGAGGCGGUCGCCCCCCUCUAACAGGUCCCCCUCCCCCCCACAACGCAACCCUCACCACAGCGGCUCCACAGACGAACAGGAGAGCCCUGAGAGAGUGGUGCAGAAGGAGAAGCUCCAUGCAGAGCUGAAGCAGGUGUUGAGUCAGAAGAGAAGUCAUCUGAGAGAUUCGACCUGCCAACUCGCCCAACCAGAGAUGGACUCGGAGCCCACAGACGAACAGACAAGUGGGGAGGAAGCCUCUAAGUUGGUGGAAAUUGUGGUGGAGACGGAGGCGGAGGCUGGAGCCAGCGGCUACAGUGUGACUGGUGGAGGACAGCGAGGGAUCUUUGUUAAAGAUGUCCUCAAAGACUCACCAGCUGCUAAACAUCUCAGUCUACAGGAAGGUGACCAACUGCUGAGUGCCAAGGUCUACUUCGACAACGUGAGGUAUGAAGACGCUCUGAAGAUCCUUCAGUGUGCGGAGCCAUAUAAGGUCAGCUUCCUGCUGAAGAGGACCAUCCCUGGAGCAGAGGUCAGCGUGCGGCCUCGAGUUCCCAGUGCGGAGGUCAAAGGUCCCAAAGCCAAGAUGGCCAAAAUGAGUGUGAAGGGCACCAAGACAUUCAAGGUCAAGAAGAAGAGAGGAGGUCGUUUUGGUCUAAAGCGGCUUAAAGAGAAGCGCAGAGAAGAGCUGGUGAUAGAGGGAACACCCCCCAGGCUAGAGAUGAGUGACGUAGACGUGGAGUUUUCUCUCCCCAAGUUCAAACAGAGGAGGAGCACGAAGGUUGAUGCAGGAGGAGCCGGAGGAGCAGCAGCCGAGGGGAAGGCUAAGAGGAGGAUCAGGUUUCCCCACAUGAAAACAAAGGGAGGAGCAGAGACAGGGGGAAAAGUGGAAACAGGACGACUCGAGGGACAGGUGAAUAUCUCUCCACCUGAGAUACCUGGAGCUAAAGUGAAAACCAAAGGAAAAGGACACAAGUUUGGAAUCACCUUUCCUAAGAGCAAACACACAAAGUCAGGCGCAGCUUUGGAAGGUGGAUCCGUGGAGCUAAAGCCCCCGGGUGUGAACAUCCAGCCACCAUCAGUGGAGUUCAGUUUGUCUGAUAAAGAUAUGGAUGUGGAAAAGGGAGGGGUUAAGAUUAAUGCGCCUGAUGUGGAGUUUGCACUCCCUUCAGGAAAAGCUGAGGCCUCUUUGCCUGCUGUAAAGGGAAAAACAGAAAUCAAAGCUCCUAAAAUUGACAUCAAAGGAGGAGUUGGUGCAGAUGCAGCUGUGGGAAAAGUUGAUGUAGACAUGGGCAAAGGAGAUGCAAAGCUAAGAAUGCCAAAGUUGAAACUGCCCAAAGUUAGACUCUCACGUCAUUCGGAUGAGAUAGAUGGUGACAUCAAGGUAAAAGCCAAAGGGAUAAAAGUGCCUCACACUGACAUAGUACCUCCAAAAGUAGGAAUCAAAGGAGGUGGUGAGAUUAAUCUCCCUGAAGCAAAGAUCGAAGGUGAUCUCUCAGCCAAAGCCGCAUCGAUUGAAAUGCCUUCUGUUGAUAUUUCUUUACCAAAAGUGAAAGGAAAGUCUGACAUCGACAUCUCACUCCCAGAGUAUGAAGGAGCUGGGAAGGCAGCUAUCAAAAUGCCUGCCAUUGACAUCUCUGUGCCUGAUAUUGAUUUGGAAUUGGACACCAGACGUAGAAUUCCUGAUGAGGUGGAGGGUACUUUUAAAGGGCCCAAAAUCUCCAUGCCAAAGGUUGAUAUGUCAUUACCAAAGAUGGAAUCAUCCAAUGUAGAUAUUGAAGGUCCAGAAGGUGGAGGGAAAUUCAGCCUACCCUCUGUGGACAUCUCUCUCCCAAAGGUGAAACCUGUGGGUGAAGGUGUGGAUAUGGACUAUUAUGUUGGUGGAGAAGGGAAGUUCAAAAUGCCUGAUUUUGACAUAUCUUUCCCAAAAAUUAAGUCACCAGAAGGAGAAGUAAAUCUAAAAGGACAAGGGGUGGAAGGGGGCUUCAAGUUACCCAAAGUAGACUUGACCCUUCCCAAAAGUAAAGCAGAAACGACUGAUAUUGAAGGAGGUGGAAAAUUUCAGUUACCAUCAUUUGACAUCUCCCUCCCUAAAAUGAAGACAGGUGAGGUGGAAGUCGAUAUCGAAGGCCCUGAAGUGAAAGGUAGUAAAUUUGAAAUGCCUGCACUUGACAUUUCUCUGCCCAAAGGCAAAAUGGAAGGAGACAUUGAAGUAGAAGGGCAUGCUGGGAAGGGAGGAAAAUUCAAAAUGCCUACCUUUGAUGUUUCUUUACCAAAGUUGAAACAACCAGAGGGUCACGGUGGAGCUAACAUCCAGAUGCCCUCUCUUGAUGUAUCACUGCCAAAAGGAAAGAUGGAGGGUGACAUUGAAAUAGAGGGUCCAUCUGCAAAAGGAGGGAAGUUCAAAAUGCCCUCACUUGAUGUCAGACUCCCAAAGAUGGGGGCAUCUGGGGCUGAGGUUGACUUAGAAGGACCUGAGAUUAAAGGAGGGAAAAUUGAAGUGCCAUCGGUAGACAUUUCCCUGCCAAAAGGUAAAUCCAAGGGUGAGGUUGAGAUCGAUGGAAAAGGAAGCAGGUUUAAGAUGCCUUCAUGUAAUAUAUCUCUUCCAAAAAUGAAGUCACCAGAGGGAGAGGUUGUUUUGGAGGGACCUGAAAUCAAAGGUGGAAAGAUCAAGAUGCCUACUGUCGAUAUCUCUGUUCCACAAGGAAAUGUAGAUGGAGAUUUGAACAUGCCCUCUGUAGACAUUUCUCUCCCAAAAAUGAAGCUACCUGAAGGAGAUGUGAAGCUAGAAUGUCCUGAACUUCCAAAUAUUGACAUUUCACUUCCCAAGGCAAAUGUGGAGGGCAACAUGGAGCUUGAGGGCAGUGGUGGUAGCAGAGCCAAGUUCAAGAUGCCAACUUUUGACAUCUCACUCCCAAAAAUGAAAACCAAGGAGGGAGAGGUUGAUAUUGAAGGACCUGAAGUCAAAGGGGGAGCAAAGUUCAACAUGCCAUCACUCGACAUCUCCCUUCCUACUAUGAAAUCAUCAGAGGGGGAGGUAAAGAUCGAAGGUCCUGAAGCCAAAGGAGGAAAGUUCCAGAUGCCUUCAUUAGAUGUGUCACUACCAAAGAUCAAAUCACAGGGAGGUGACAUCGAUAUUGAAGGUCCUGAGUUCAAGGUUAAUACACCAGAGGCAGAUUUAGACCUAAAAGGGAAAAAAAUAAAAGGAGGGAAAAUAAACAUGCCUACAGCUGAUAUCUCUCUUCCAAAAGGAAAAGCAGAGGGUAAAAUAGAUAUUGAAGGACCCACAGGAAAAGGAGGCAAGUUUAAGAUGCCUACAUUUGAUGCAUCGCUACCAAAGAUGAAGAUGCCUGAGGGAAACAUUGGCCUUGAGGGACCCUCAGUAGAUAUCUCUCUUCCAAAGGGGAAAGUAGAGGGUGACAUACAAACUAAAGGUAAAGGAGGACAUUUUCAUAUACCCUCAGUUGAUGUUUCUCUCCCUAAAAUAAAAUCAAAGCGAGGUGACAUCAACAUCGAGGGACCGGAAAUCAAAGGUGGGGACGUUAAAAUGCCAACUAUUGACAUCUCACCCCCUCAAGGAACAUUUGAAGGCAAUAUCGAAGGUGAAGGAAAAGGAGGCAAAUUCAGCCUGCCGUCUGUAGACGUCGCCCUCCCAGCUGUAAAAUUCCCUGAAGGAGAUUUCCAAGGGCCGAAAGUUAAGGGUGGGAAGUUUGAAAUGCCGAAAAUUGAUCUCUCCCUUCCUAAAGGAAAAGGGAGACAGGGAGACAUUGAUAUUGACAUUCACUCUGGAGGAGAUUGGGAUAUUGAAGUACCAUCCUGUGAUAUUGGACUUCCUAAAGGAAAAGUCAAAGGUGACAUAAAUGUUAAAGGUCCUAAGGGGGGGAAAGGUAAAUUCAAAAUGCCAAAAUUUGAUAUUUCACUUCCAAAGGGCGAUGCCAAAGUGGAAGGACCAGAGGUUAAAGGAAAGAUGAAAAUGCCGACUGCUGAUAUUUCACUUCCAAAAGGAAAGAUAGAGGGAGACAUUGACAUUGAAGGACAUGGGGGUAAAGGAGGGAAGUUUCACAUGCCAUCACUUGAUGUUUCAGCUCCUAAAAUAAAAUCUCCUGAGGUAGAUGUCAGCCUCAAGGGUCCAGAUGUUAAAGGGGGACAUUUCAACAUGCCAGCUGUUGACCUUUCAUUACCAUCAGCAAAAGUUAAUUUGCCAGAGGGUGAUGUAAAAUUAACAGGUCCAGACAUCAAGGGCAGGAAGAUUGAGAUGCCGGACAUUGAUAUUUCACUCCCCAAAGGAAAAGCAGGAGGAGAAAUUGAAUUCGAAGGGCAUGGUGGUAAAGGAGGAAAGUUCCAUAUGCCAUCGUUUGAUAUCUCUCUUCCUAAAAUUAAAGCUAAGGGGCCAGAGAUCAACAUAGAAGGUCCUGAACUUAAGGGAGGAAACAUCAACAUGCCAGACAUUGAUCUUUCACUUCCCAAAGGAAAAGCUGACGCUGACCUCAGUACUGAGGGUCCUGAGGUAACCGGAGGCAAAUUCAGAAUGCCCAAAUUUGAUGUUUCACUUCCAAAGAUGAACCUGCCAGAGGGCAAUGUGAAAUUACCAACAGCUGAUAUUUCCCUCCCAAAAGGAAAGGUAAAGGGAGAUGUUGACAUUGAGGGACAUGUGGGUAAAGGAGGAAAGUUUCAUAUUCCUUCGGUUAAUAUCUCUCUUCCUAAAAUCAAAUCAAAGGGAGUUGAUGUUGAUAUUGAAGGACCUGAAGUCAAAGGUGACAUGUCACUCCCUAAAAUUAAGUCUCCAGAUGUAGAUAUCAGCCUUGAGGGUCCAGAUGUGAAAGGAGGAAAGUUUAACUUGCCAACUGCUGACAUUUCACUCCCCAAGGGAAAAGUUGAAGGUGACCUUGAUUUUGAAGGCCCUGAGGUAAAGGGGGGUACAUUUAAAAUGCCUAAAUUUGAUGUCUCAUUGCCAAAAGUGCAUCUCCCAGAGGGCGACGUCAAAAUAAAAACCCCAGACUUUAAGGGAGGAAAGAUUGAAAUGCCAAGUCUUGAUAUUUCUCUUCCAAAAGGAAAAGCAGACGUGGAUAUUGACAUCGAUGGGCACAGUGGUAAAGGAGGCAAGUUUCACAUGCCAUCGUUUGAUAUCUCUCUUCCUAAAAUGAAAGCAAAGGGAGUUGAUGUUGAUAUUCAAGGACCUGAACUUAAAGGUGACAUUUCACUUCCAAAAGGAAAAGUUGAGGGUGACCUAAAUGUUGAAGGCCCUGAUGUAAAAGGAGGCAAAUUUAAAAUGCCUAAAUUUGAUGUCUCAUUGCCAAAAGUGAAUCUCCCAGAGGGGGAUAUGAAAAUAAAAGGCCCAGACUUCAAGGGAGGGAAGAUUGAAAUGCCAGACAUUGAUAUUUCUCUUCCCAAAGGAAAAGCAGGAGGAGACAUUGAAAUUGAAGGACAUGCUGGCAAAGGAGGCAAAUUCCAUAUGCCCUCGCUUGAUAUCUCUCUUCCUAAAAUGAAAGCUAAGGGACCAGAGAUAAAUAUUGAAGGUCCUGACGUUAAAGGUGGAAAGCUAAACAUGCCAUCACUUGAUGUUUCUUUGCCCAAAAUAAAAUCUCCUGAUGUAGAUGUCAGCCUUGAGGGUCCUGAUAUGAAAGGAGGAAAAUUCAACAUCCCGACUGUUGACAUUUCACUUCCCAAAGGAAAAGUUGAGGGUGACAUAAAUGUUGAAGGCCCUGAGGUGAAGGGAGGGAAAUUCAAAAUGCCUAAAUUUGAUGUUUCCUUACCAAAAGUCAGUCUCCCGAAGGUUGAUGCCAAUGUGGAAGGACCAGAUAUGAAAGGAAAAUUUGAAAUGCCAAGUCUUGAUAUUUCUCUUCCAAAAGGAAAAGCAGACGUGGAUAUUGACAUUGAUGGGCACAGUGGUAAAGGAGGCAAGUUUCACAUGCCAUCGUUUGAUAUCUCUCUUCCUAAAAUGAAAGCAAAGGGAGUUGAUGUUGAUAUUCAAGGACCUGAACUUAAAGGUGACAUUUCACUUCCAAAAGGAAAAGUUGAGGGUGACCUAAAUGUUGAAGGCCCUGAUGUAAAAGGAGGCAAAUUUAAAAUGCCUAAAUUUGAUGUCUCAUUGCCAAAAGUGAAUCUCCCAGAGGGCGAUAUGAAAAUAAAAGGCCCAGACUUCAAGGGAGGGAAGAUUGAAAUGCCAGACAUUGAUAUUUCUCUUCCCAAAGGAAAAGCAGGAGGAGACAUUGAAAUUGAAGGACAUGCUGGCAAAGGAGGCAAAUUCCAUAUGCCCUCGCUUGAUAUCUCUCUUCCUAAAAUGAAAGCUAAGGGACCAGAGAUAAAUAUUGAAGGUCCUGACGUUAAAGGUGGAAAGCUAAACAUGCCAUCAUUUGAUGUUUCUUUGCCCAAAAUAAAAUCUCCUGAUGUAGAUGUCAGCCUUAAGGGUCCUGAUAUAAAAGGAGGAAAAGUCAACAUCCCGACUGUUGAUAUUUCACUUCCCAAAGGAAAAGUUGAGGGUGACAUAAAUGUUGAAGGCCCUGAGGUGAAGGGAGGGAAAUUCAAAAUGCCUAAAUUUGAUGUUUCCUUACCAAAAGUCAGUCUCCCAAAGGUUGAUGCCGAUGUGGAAGGACCAGAUAUGAAAGGAAAAUUUGAAAUGCCAAGUCUUGAUAUUUCUCUUCCAAAAGGAAAAGCAGACGUGGAUAUUGACAUCGAUGGGCACAGUGGUAAAGGAGGCAAGUUUCACAUGCCAUCGUUUGAUAUCUCUCUUCCUAAAAUGAAAGCAAAGGGAGUUGAUGUUGAUAUUCAAGGACCUGAACUUAAAGGUGACAUUUCACUUCCAAAAGGAAAAGUUGAGGGUGACCUAAAUGUUGAAGGCCCUGAUGUAAAAGGAGGCAAAUUUAAAAUGCCUAAAUUUGAUGUCUCAUUGCCAAAAGUGAAUCUCCCAGAGGGCGAUAUGAAAAUAAAAGGCCCAGACUUCAAGGGAGGGAAGAUUGAAAUGCCAGACAUUGAUAUUUCUCUUCCCAAAGGAAAAGCAGGAGGAGACAUUGAAAUUGAAGGACAUGCUGGCAAAGGAGGCAAAUUCCAUAUGCCCUCGCUUGAUAUCUCUUUUCCUAAAAUGAAAGCUAAGGGGCCAGAGAUAAAUAUUGAAGGCCCUGACAUUAAAGGUGGAAAGCUAAACAUGCCAUCACUUGAUGUUUCUUUGCCCAAAAUAAAAUCUCCUGAUGUAGAUGUCAACCUUGAGGGUCCUGAUAUAAAAGGAGGAAAAGUCAACAUCCCGACUGUUGACAUUUCACUUCCCAAAGGAAAAGUUGAGGGUGACAUAAAUGUUGAAGGCCCUGAGGUGAAGGGAGGGAAAUUCAAAAUGCCUAAAUUUGAUGUUUCCUUACCAAAAGUCAGUCUCCCGAAGGUUGAUGCCAAUGUGGAAGGUCCAGAUAUGAAAGGAAAAUUUGAAAUGCCAAAUCUUGAUAUUUCUCUUCCAAAAGGAAAAGCAGACGUGGAUAUUGACAUUGAUGGGCACAGUGGUAAAGGAGGCAAGUUUCACAUGCCAUCGUUUGAUAUCUCUCUUCCUAAAAUGAAAGCAAAGGGAGUUGAUGUUGAUAUUCAAGGACCUGAACUUAAAGGUGACAUUUCACUUCCAAAAGGAAAAGUUGAGGGUGACCUAAAUGUUGAAGGCCUUGAUGUAAAAGGAGGCAAAUUUAAAAUGCCUAAAUUUGAUGUCUCAUUGCCAAAAGUGAAUCUCCCAGAGGGCGAUAUGAAAAUGAAAGGCCCAGACUUCAAGGGAGGGAAGAUUGAUAUGCCAGACAUUGAUAUUUCUCUUCCAAAAGGAAAAGCAGGAGGAGACAUUGAAAUUGAAGGACAUGCUGGAAAAGGGGGCAAAUUUCAUAUGCCCUCACUUGAUAUCUCUCUUCCUAAGAUAAAAGCAAAGGGACCACAGGUCAACAUAGAAGGUCCUGAACUUAAAGGGAAGAAAAGCAACAUGCCAAGUAUUGAUAUUUCACUACCUGAAGGAAAGGCUGAAGCUGACCUCAAUAUUGAAGGUCCUGAGGUAAAAGGAGGCAAAUUCAAAAUGCCCAAAGUUGAUGUGGAGGGAGAUAUCAAUAUUAAAGGACCAUCUGGAAAGGAAAAGUUUGAUGUCCCGAAAGUUGAUCUAUCUGGUAAAAAAGGUGGUGGGCUCCACAUGCCAACUUUUGACAUAAAUCUCCCCAAAUUUGAUCUUGACCUCAGCCUCCCCUUAGGUCUGAAAGACAAAAGCUUUAAAGUAGGUGCAAGUGGUCCUGACAUGUCAGGAGAUUUGGAGAUGUCUGGUCUCAAAGGAGAUAUUAGUCCAGCCAAGUUAAAGGUUAAGGGUACAGAUAUCGAGACAGGUAGUGUAGAAGGUCCAGGUGCAUCCCUCAAACUUCCCACUGUCAAACUACCGACAGUUGACAUCUCAGCUCCAAAGGUGGAUCUUGACUUUGGCCUCACCAAACCUAAAGGUGACGAUGUGGAAGUGGAGCUUCUUAAAGCUGAGGGAGGUCGGCCUUCUUCAGGGGGCAGCUUUGAUCUACCUGAUAUCUCCCUCAAAGUCCCCAGUUUCUCUCUUCCCAGGUUUGGUGGAAAGUCCAAGAGUGGAGAUUUGCAGAUAUCAGGAAAAGGCCCCAAGGGAGACAUUUCCCUCAGCCCACCACAUGUGGAAGGGGAGAUUAGGGCACCAUCAGUAGAGUUUGAUGUGGAUGGAAAGGUCAAGGUGAAAAAAUCAAAACUCAAAAUGCCCUCAUUUGGCAUAUCCAAAAAGGAUGCAGUGUCUUGUCCUGAUGUGGACGUUAAAGUGAAAAAGGGUAAUGUUGACAUUUCUAAACCGGAAAUCAACGUUGAGAGCUCAGGCGAUAAAUCAAAAUACAAAAUAAAAUUCCCUAAGUUUAGAAUAUCAUCACCAAAAGUUCAGCUCCCAGAGGGAGAGGUAGAUGCUAAACUCGACACUAAGGCCAAGGUCAAGAUGCCCUCUGUUGAGCUGUCACUACCAGCAGCUAAAACACCAGAGACAGAGGUUCUUCUCCCCAAAGCAGAGGUUGAUGUCUCAGAGGCUGAUAUAAGAGGUUAUGAGGGAAGCCUCAAAAUUCCCAAAAUGCCAACGAUUGACGUUUCCAUCCCCAAAGUAGACCUGGAUGUGUCCCUACCAAAAGUAAAGCAUGGUGCAAAGGUUGAUGGAGAAGGUGGCAAAUUCAAGAUGCCAAACAUCAAGAUGCCUGACAUUGACUUGUCCCUUCCUAAAGGAAAAACAGGCAUCGAAGGAGGUCACAUUGGAGUCGGUGCAGAGGGAGGGAAAUUCAAAAUGCCUCACAUCAGUAUGCCUGACAUUGAUAUAUCCCUGCCAAAAGGAAAGUCAAAGAUUGAGGGACCAGAGGUGGAACUAAAAGGAGGUGAAGGAAAAUUCAAAAUGCCUCACAUGAAAAUGCCAGAUUUUGACAUCUCUCUCCCCAAAGGAAAGAUUGAAGGUCCAGAUGUUGAAAUAGAGGGAGGUAGUGGAGGAAAAUUCAAAAUGCCUCACAUGAAAAUGCCAGAUUUUGACAUCUCUCUGCCCAAAGGAAAGAUUGAAGGUCCAGAUGUUGAAAUAGAGGGAGGUAGUGGAGGAAAAUUCAAAAUGCCUCACAUGAAAAUGCCAGAUUUUGACAUCUCUCUCCCCAAAGGAAAGAUUGAAGGUCCAGAUGUUGAAAUAGAGGGAGGUAGUGGAGGAAAAUUCAAAAUGCCUCACAUGAAAAUGCCGGAUUUUGACAUCUCUCUUCCCAAAGGAAAGAUUGAAGGUCCAGAGGUGGACCUCAAAGGGAAAGGUGGAAAAUUCAAGAUGCCACAUGUUGGCAUGCCCUCAGUUGAUAUUUCAAUUCCAAAAGGAAAAGUUGUAGGCCCAGAUGUUGAAAUAGAGGGAGGUAGUGGAGGAAAAUUCAAAAUGCCUCACAUGAAAAUGCCAGAUUUUGACAUCUCUCUCCCCAAAGGAAAGAUUGAAGGUCCAGAUGUUGAAAUAGAGGGAGGUAGUGGAGGAAAAUUCAAAAUGCCUCACAUGAAAAUGCCAGAUUUUGACAUCUCUCUGCCCAAAGGAAAGGUUGAAGGCCCAGAUGUUGAAAUAGAGGGAGGUUCUGGAGGAAAAUUCAAAAUGCCUCACAUGAAAAUGCCAAAUAUUGACAUCUCUCUCCCCAAAGGAAAGAUUGAAGGUCCAGAUGUGGACCUCAAAGGGGAAGGUGGAAAAUUCAAGAUGCCACAUCUCAGCAUGCCCUCAGUUGAUAUUUCACUUCCAAAAGGAAAGGUUGAAGGCCCAGAUGUUGAAAUAGAGGGAGGUUCUGGAGGAAAAUUCAAAAUGCCUCACAUGAAAAUGCCAGAUUUUGACAUCUCUCUUCCCAAAGGAAAGAUUGAAGGUCCAGAGGUGGACCUCAAAGGGAAAGGUGGAAAAUUCAAGAUGCCACAUGUUGGCAUGCCCUCAGUUGAUAUUUCAAUUCCAAAAGGAAAAGUUGAAGGCCCAGAUGUUGAAAUAGAGGGAGGUAGUGGAGGAAAAUUCAAAAUGCCUCACAUGAAAAUGCCAGAUUUUGACAUCUCUCUCCCCAAAGGAAAGAUUGAAGGUCCAGAUGUUGAAAUAGAGGGAGGUAGUGGAGGAAAAUUCAAAAUGCCUCACAUGAAAAUGCCAGAUUUUGACAUCUCUCUCCCCAAAGGAAAGAUUGAAGGUCCAGAUGUUGAAAUAGAGGGAGGUAGUGGAGGAAAAUUCAAAAUGCCUCACAUGAAAAUGCCAGAUUUUGACAUCUCUCUGCCCAAAGGAAAGGUUGAAGGUCCAGAUGUUGAAAUAGAGGGAGGUUCUGGAGGAAAAUUCAAAAUGCCUCACAUGAAAAUGCCAAAUAUUGACAUCUCUCUCCCCAAAGGAAAGAUUGAAGGUCCAGAUGUGGACAUCAAAGGGGAAGGUGGAAAAUUCAAGAUGCCACAUCUCAGCAUGCCCUCAGUUGAUAUUUCACUUCCAAAAGGAAAAGUUGAAGGCCCAGAUGUUGAAAUAGAGGGAGGUAGUGGAGGAAAAUUCAAAAUGCCUCACAUGAAAAUGCCAGAUUUUGACAUCUCUCUUCCCAAAGGAAAGAUUGAAGGUCCAGAGGUGGACCUCAAAGGGAAAGGUGGAAAAUUCAAGAUGCCACAUGUUGGCAUGCCCUCAGUUGAUAUUUCAAUUCCAAAAGGAAAAGUUGAAGGCCCAGAUGUUGAAAUAGAGGGAGGUUCUGGAGGAAAAUUCAAAAUGCCUCACAUGAAAAUGCCAAAUAUUGACAUCUCUCUCCCCAAAGGAAAGAUCGAAGGUCCAGAGGUGGACCUCAAAGGGGAAGGUGGAAAAUUCAAGACGCCACAUCUCAGCAUGCCCUCAGUUGAUAUUUCACUUCCAAGAGGAAAAGUUGAAGGCCCAGAUGUUGAAAUAGAGGGAGGUAGUGGAGGAAAAUUCAAAAUGCCUCACAUGAAAAUGCCAGAUUUUGACAUCUCUCUGCCCAAAGGAAAGGUUGAAUGUCCAGAUGUGGACCUCAAAGGGGAAGGUGGAAAGUUCAAGAUGCCACAUCUCAGCAUGCCCUCAGUUGAUAUCUCUCUUCCAAAAGCAAAAGUCGAAGGCACUGAAGUAGAAAUGCAGGGAAAGGGACAGGGAAGGUUUAAAAUGCCCCACAUGAAAAUGCCAGAUGUUGACAUCUCUCUGCCCAAAGGAAAGAUUGGAGGUCCAGAAGUUGAAAUGGAGGGACACAUGAAAAUGCCUUCAGUUGAUAUUUCAGUGCCAAAAGGACAGAUUGAAGUUCCAGACACUGAAGUAGAGGGAAGUACCGGAGGAAAGUUCAAAAUGCCUCAUUGGAAAAUGCCAGACUUUGAUAUCUCUCUACCCAAAGGAAAGAUUGAAGGUCCAGAUGUUGAAAUAAAGGGAGAUGGAGGAGGAAAAUUCAAAAUGCCUCAUAUGAAAUUGCCAAAUGUUGACAUCUCACUGCCCAAAGGAAAAUCUGGCAAAAUUGAAGGAGCAGAGCUGGAGAUUGAAGGAGAUGAGGGACAGUUCAAGAUGCCUAAUGUGGACAUAUCUAUCCCUAAAGGAAAAACAAAUAUUGACACACCAGAGAUGAAAGUGGAUGCAGAGGGAGGAACCAUCAAGCUGCCACAUAUCAAGAUGCCAAAAGUUGAUAUUUCACUUCCUAAAGGUAAAAGUAAAAGUGUUGAAGCACCGGCUAUAGAGAUGGGAGUCACUGGAGGAAAAUUCAAAGGUCCAGAUGUUAAACUUCCAAACGUGGGUAUAUCAGUACCGAAGGAUAAAUUGGGUGAAGUUGAGACAGGAGGGAAAAUUAAAGGGCCAGAGGGUCAUGGUGAAGCUGAUUUACACGUUGAGGGAGAGCACAAAGGUCUGAAACUCAAGAUGCCAACAAUAGAUAUCAAGGGUCCAAAAGGAGACCUGGAGCUUGAUAUAGGACUUCAUAGAGGAGAUGGCAAGAAGGACAGGAAAAAAGUUGAACUACCUGACUUGGAUCUCAACACGGCAGGAACCAGCAGUAAAGUAAAGGGGCCUAAAGUCAAAGGAACAAAAUUCAAUAUUGGAAUGCCAAAAAAGAAAGCGAGCAAAAAUGUAACAGCAGAAGCAAAAAUAUGCAAAAACUGUGGCAAUGUGGAAUUAGGUGGUAAAGUCAAACACAAAUGCGAGGUUAAAGAAAGAUUUGAGUAUGAAGUUGAAGUUGAAACCCACAACGGACAUAAAGAGGACAAAGGUCGAAUUAACAUCGCCGGGCCAGAGGUUACAUUACCAAGUGUACAAGGCUCGGCCAGCUUAGGAGCUGGAGGCGCGGGUGGCCUCUCAUCAUCUGGAGCAGAAAUCAAAGUCCCCAGGAUUCCAGACAUAGACUUUGACAUUGGUACAUCACAGGAUGAAGAUAAUAACAAAACCGAAAAAGGCAAGAAAAUCAAAAUCCCUAAGUUUGGUGUCCCAUUACCCUCCAUCUCCUCUCCUGAGGGACGAAUUAAUCUAUAUGGGCCAGAAAUUCAGUAUGAGGGCCCUAAAAUGCCCAAAGUAAAGAAAGCUGUUUUUGUCUUGGUAAAUCCUCCUCAAACAGAUGAGCCCGCUGUAUGCACUGGCACAACAUCUGAGGUUGAAACAGAGGACAUCAAAGUGAAGAUGCCCAAAAUCAAAAUGAAGCCAAGCUUUGGGAAAUCCAAAGAAACGUCCGGGGCUGUGAGCACAGAGUGGGAGGGAGACGAAAAGUUAAAAGGAGGGAAGAUGAAAAUGCCCCAAGUGUCAUUUUCUGGCAAAUCAGGGUCAUUUGAUGUCAAAGGUUCAAGUUCAAGUCUCAACGGUGAACAAGAUGAAAGUCCUCACAAGGGCUCCAAGGAUGAUAAAGGGACAUUCGGUGGUAAAUUCAAACUUCCAAAGGUUGAGUUCACCUCUCCAUAUGGCAAGAUGGCUGCAGAGGAGGACACAGAAAUGAGUGUGAAACUGGGAAAGGAUUCAUCACCAGGAGAAGUGGGAAGAGACACUAAAGGGCUUAAAGUGAAAUCAGGAAAGAUGGCCGCAGCAGGUUUUACUGAGGAGUCCUCGGGGGCUGUGGUGUCAUCUCAUGCCAGAACAGAAAUGCUGGACAGGGACAGCUCAGAGUCCCCCUCUGGUUACACCUUGGAGUUCAGCCCAACAAAGGUCCAGGCUUGGAGCGAGGUUGAGAGCAAAAGUAGGGACUCAGAAGAAAGAGAGUCUGGUCCCUGGUUCAAGGUCCCCAAGUUCAGCCUGAAGCCACACUCCACAGGCUUCCUCCAGAUAACCCCAGAGGGCUCUCCUCAGGCCCAGCGGAAAGGGGCGGUGGGAGGAGAGGUUGACGUCUCGGGGUCUUUCUGCCUCCACACCUCAGGGCUCGACUUCACCACCCAGGAAAUGUCCCAAGAGCACCAGGUCUCCUCCACGGAGGAGGGAACUGUCACCAUGGUGACCAAGACCACCAGAAUCACCCGGCAAAUAGUCUCCACCGAAACGCGAACAGGUGAAUCUUCGACGACCACGUCAACGACUCACCAGGUGUCGGACUUUUAACUACUGAGGAUGCUGUAAUGAUAUCUUAAAUGUCUUUUAAUUUUUUUGUUUUUCUUUGGUGAGGUUGCAGUGUUCUUGUAAGCUAAGCCUGCAACGUGGCAAACCUCGAUCGAGUAAAAGUCUUUAUUUUAUAUUCUGAUAGGUGAGGUAUGAAUGUGAUGAAAAACAAUGACGUUUCAUCAAUCAGCAUUAUCGUCAUUAUAACAGCAAACAGAGUAAUAUAUGCUUCCUUUUUUCAUUUUAAAUGUGACUAUUUUCUGUUAUUUUUGAGUUUUGUUAGUUUAGUCCUAAUUAUUUAUCAUAUUUUGUUUGGUUUUUAAAGGUUUCACUCUGAAUGUAAACAUGUCGGAUUGUUUAAUUAUUUAUUGUUGUUUAUGUGUUCAAAAUGGGCUGGAAUGAGUCAUUAACUCACAUCAGCAUCAUGGAUUUGACCAUGAUUUUAAGUUCAAAAUCAUUAAUUUUGAACCACUACAGGCCAGAGUAAUAUUUAUGUAAAUACAACUAUAUAAUUGCUUUUUUGAAGCAGUAUCCCUUCUACAUGAAAUGUAAUUAUUUUCAUAUUCACCAGAGUCAGGAGUAGAAAUGAUAUUUUUUGACCUGAUAACCUAUUUUGUUUGUCUUGAUAGAAAAGUGUGAGCUUUUUUAGAUUAUAGGAUAUUCUCAUUUUCUGCCAUAGUUUUAUAUUUUACACAUUUAUCUGGUGCUGUUACCCAGAGAUAGUCACAGUGAGUGAGCAGGACACUCUGGACUCUUUUUCUGCUGUGGGGAUCAAACCUGUGACCUUCUGCUUACAGGUUGCUCUCAAACAUUUAGGCCACCCUGCUGCUAAUCUAUUUUAUAUGUAUGUUUUUACUGUACACUGCCAGACACCACUGUAUAUUUUGUGAUUGAGGCUUUAGAUUCAAGAUAUUCCUCCCGGCUGACGCUGAUUUUUUGAAACAUUUCAAAAUAUCAACAGUGAGCUUGGAGGCAAUUUGGGAUUUAGGGGUGCUGUUGGGCGCUUUAAGAAAAUCAGUGAGAGAAUAUUUAAAAGGUAAAACUGUAAACCUUUUCCUCUUGACACUUAAAAAAUAGCCCUCUAAAAAUGAUGUUACUAUAAGGCUGCUGCAAUGACUGACUGGCUAAGGAGUGGCGAGCCUUUAUCUUGUACAAAAGCCAUCACGUAACAAAAUAUGUCCUCUCAAGACAGAAGAGGACCAAGGCACGUUACUAAUCUGACAUUCUUCUGUUUAUUAUAUGAAUAUUUUUGAAGAUAUUAUAGAAUAACGUCAGAUUAAUAAAAGCAUUUUUAUUCAGUGCCUUUACCCCUGUCCUCCAUUUAAAGUAUGAAUUGCUUUGAAAUGGAAGGAGAAAGCCUUGUGCUGUCUAUAAGAUAUUUAUUUUAUUGUCUCAACAUUUAAACAUUUAAGUUUCAUUCCCAAAUGCAGUACCCACCAUUUGAGAGAAAAACAGCUACUGUAACAUUUCUGAUAUUAAUUGAAAACUUACUUAUGAAAGCUACUGAUUUUAUACACUACUCAUAGCCAUUUACUUACAAGAUAACAGUUUCACAGGAUACAACCAUGUGAUUUUUCAGAAUAAUGAGCUAUUUUUCAAGUGAAUGUAAAGCAUUUAAGAAUGAACACUUUACUAAGUAUUCAAAAAGUUGACUUUACUUAGUUUGCUUUACUUGGUUGGUAGAUGGAAUGUAAUUGUGUGAUAAAAUGCAUUAAGACAUCCUGACAAAUCCACUCCCACGUUUUAUUUCAUUAACACCAAUGCCUGUUUUGCAGGUGAGAAAUAGAUUUUUUAAAAGCUGGAACAAGAGUAGUGACAUGUCAAGGUAACACGCACUGAGUAGAUUCUAUGUGUAUAGAGAUUUUUACCUUUCUGGUUUAAUCAAGUCCUUAAAUUUCUUUUAGAUGAUAAGGUUUCAGUGCCAAGUGUUUUUGUCAAAGCUGCAUUGGAGAGGAUGUUGAUUAAGAUGUCAUAUCAAUAAAAUAAUAUUCCCACAAAAAUUA